CUUCAAGAGUACAAUAAUAUAAGAAGGGAAUUAGCUGAAAGAAGACAAAAAAAAGAAGUGGAGGAAAAAAUCUUGGAGGAAGUCUCAGGGAAAGACACAUUCAAUACAAGAACAAUAAAAGAUAUACCAAAAACAAUCUAUUAUCGUAAAUUCAGUCCUUCCAGUAUACUUGCCAAUUCUGCCAAAGAAAAUCAUAAAAUCACCAGUUAUUUUGGAACUGUAGAAUUUUCAGUUAUGUCUUCAGUGUCUUCUAUGCCUCUGGUAUAUUCAGAGAAGUUGGACAACAAUAUGCUUUGUAAAAAAAUUGCUCAACUUCAGGAAACUCUUCUAAAGAAUAGGCAAAUAUUCACAGCCAUUGAGUAUAAUGAACGACGAGCUGUCUAUAAGUACUUUAUACAGCUAAAUGAUGGCAAUAACAAGUUGAAGGCAAACGAGGAAGCU